AUGAUCAAUCCAUCAAGUAGUUCACCCUUCCACAUCCUAUCUUGCCUCGUCGUGUUUUUGUUUCUCCCUAAUUUGCCAUCGCUCUUGGCUGACCCUGACCCGUCACAGGACUUCUGCGUUGCUGAUUUGAGUGCCUCUAGAUCUUCGUCAGUCAAUGGCCUUCCUUGCAAACCUGCUUCAAAAGUAACUUCAGAUGAUUUUUUUUUUGAUGGACUGAGCAAAGAGGGUGACACAAGAGGCAUCUUUGGCUCGAAUCUCACCGCUGGUAAUGUCCUUGCAUUUCCUGGGCUCAACACUCUUGGGAUUUCAGUGAACCGAGUGGACUUCGCUCCUAGAGGAGUUAAUCCACCCCACUCGCACCCUCGUGCAACUGAGACUGUUCUAGCUAUUUCAGGGCAGGUUCUUGUCGGGUUUGUGACGACUGGGAACGUAUAUUACUCUAAAGUUUUGACUGCCGGGCAGAUCUUUGUCAUUCCUAAGGGACUCGUACACUUCCAAAUGAAUGUUGGACAAGGAAAGGCUCUUGCCUUCACUUCUUUCAACAGCCAAUUACCAGGGGCUGCUGUUGUACCAUUAAGUCUCUUUGCUUCAACACCAUCGAUUCCUAACGAAGUGUUGACUAAGACCUUCCAAGUAGGAGAAAAUGUUGUCAAUUCCAUUAAAUCAAAGUUCAGUUCUUAAGAUAGCCUCCCCUGCAUUGUGUAAUAAUGCUUUUGAUAAAGCUUGCCUCCAUUUUCUUUUGCUGUUAUUCAGGUUAUUUAUCUGUGUUUUUUUUUUUUUUUUUUUUGGAUGAAUAAAAUCUUUCAUUGAACAA